UCUGUGGGGAGAUGAAUACAGAUGUGCAGAGAGUCGGAGGGAGAUGCACUGGCAGUCAAACAACCAACUGCAGCCACUCACACCAGGAGCAAAUAACACACGCAGCUGUGAUUUACUGGUAGGUGGAAGAAACACUGGGAUGUAGUCUGGAAUAAAGGAAGGGGAGCAAGCUCAGCCACUGGAAGCAUCAAGGAGAGAGGAAAACAGAAGAGUCAGUGUGCAGCAGGAAACAAAGGAAAGAGCUGAGACAGUGACCUGAGGUGGGAAAAGAAAACCAGAAGACUGAAACAGACCUGCUGACCUCUGCCUGCUGAUCAACAAUGUCUGUGCUGAUGCACUCGCUCCUGAUCCUCGGCCUGACGUUCACACAUGGCGCUUGUAUGAUCCAUAACCAUCACUGGGGUGAGUGGAACGACUCUCAGCUUCAGCCAACAAUUCAGAAGCUGAUGAAAGGAUACAACCGCUACCUCAGACCCAACUUCAAUGAGGGCCCUGUGGAAAUCGGAAUGAGCCUUGACAUCGCCAGUAUUGAUGCCAUCUCCGAAAUCAAUAUGGACUACACUGCGACCAUCUUCCUCCGUCAGCGCUGGCGUGAUUCCAGGCUGGUGUUCCCGGGAAACGAGAGCGUCAGCCUGGACGGACGCCUGGUGUCACUGCUGUGGAUCCCUGACACCUUCAUCCCAGACUCCAAGCGCUCCUUCCUGCAUGACGUCACGGUGGAAAAUCGCCUCAUACGCAUCUUCAGCAAUGGGACGGUUCUAUAUGCCCUUCGCAUCACAGCUACGAUCGCCUGCAACAUGGACCUGACCAAGUAUCCCAUGGACCGACAGGUGUGCACGCUGCAGCUGGAGAGCUGGGGCUACAACCUGCAGGAUGUGGUGUUCUACUGGACCAGAGGGAAUGAUUCGGUGAAGGGUCUCAACACGCUGCGUCUGGCUCAGUACAGUAUAGAGAGCUACUAUACAUCGGUGUCAGAGGCGGUGUAUGAAACAGGACAAUACCCCAAGCUGGUGCUGCAUUUUGCACUGCGCAGAAACGUGCUGUUCUUCAUCUUGGAGACGUACGUUCCCUCCGUCCUGCUCGUGGUUCUCUCCUGGGUCUCUUUCUGGAUCAGCCAGUCCUCUGUGCCAGCCAGGACCUGCAUUGGAGUGACGACAGUCUUGACCAUGACCACCCUGAUGAUGGGCGCUCGCACUUCUUUGCCCAAUGCCAACUGCUUCAUUAAGGCCAUCGAUGUUUACCUGGGCAUCUGCUUCACAUUCAUCUUUGGCGCACUGCUGGAGUACGCCUUUGCCCACUUCUACACCAUGCAGCACCAGACCGUAGAGGAUGUGCACAGAGAUCUCCUGAGGGAGUUGAGUGAAUCCAACAGAAAUGGCACCAUCCCCGUCGUCCGCUCCACCCAACCGAACCAGUCAGUGGAGAUCAGCUCCUCUGCGGGGGAGCCCGCGGAGCGGUCGGCGGAGAGUGACGCCCAGAGGCACGCGGGGCCGAAGGAGACGAUGCCAGGCCAGGGGUGCGGCCUGUCUUCGGUGAGGGAUGCGUCUCGCAGGGCGGCAUCCGUCUUCGUUGUGGAAAAUCCACACAACAUUGACCGCCACUCCCGCACCGUUUUUCCCACAGCAUUCCUCUUUGUCAAUGUCCUCUAUUGGCUCUACUAUCUCUUUCUCUGAGUGCUGCUUCCGUGGCUGUUGCAUGGUUAACCCCUGACCAUUCAGAAGCUGCUCCACCUCCUCAUUUUUAGAACCCAAUACCAGUCGCCAUUGCCUGGUUCUAAACUGAACAACCUUUCGGCCAGAGCCUUUUUGUACAAAUUAGUGGAAAAGCAGCUUCUUAGGCUGAGGGACCAGCUUUGGAUUAUACUCGUGUGUUGAAAGCUGUUAUCAUGUAUGAAUGGAUGGCUGCCAACAUAUUAACAUGUCAAAGAUAAUACAAAGCCUUUAUCUGUCCGUUUGCUGACACGUCGACAGAACAAAGUAGGAUGAAUUAACUAGCUAUCUACAACUGGCUGCCUGAACUGCACCACCCUGCACUGU